GGCCGACGGGGAACGGCUGCUCUUCCUCUUCUUUGCGCCGCGCUCCUGUUCCUCCUUCCUCCCCCGGGGCUGGGCCGAGCUGGGCUGCGGGCACGAGGAGAAGCUCUGAGCUGAGCGCUCGCAGGGAGGCGGCGGCCUCCGAAGAGAGGACCUCGGAAACUGCAGUAACUGGAGAGGAGAAGGAGGGCUGGCGGAGAAGGUGGCAGCGGGACAAGCUUCAAGAAGUUAGUUUAUAAAUAUAUGAGAAGAUGGUCAGAUCACGAUUGAGAUCACCAAGAUGGAAACGAAGGACAAUAUGUUUCUCAGAAGCCCUUCUGGUGGCAUUUGAGGGAGUAUUGGGUCACCACUAGGAGCUAGGUGGUGGUAGCUCACAAACUGUCCCUACUUCUUUGCCCAUCACUUCAGGGCAAGAUGUUAUCCAGAAGCUUAUAUGGGAACUUGUUUGAUGUAGACAGCUUCUUCCUGUAUCUGCGCAUGCAUUUUAACUUAAAAACAACAGGGAAGCUACACGUUGCAACUGCAAGUCCUUUAAAAAAAAUCCUCACCCCACAAUAAGCUACCGUCUUUAUCACCUGCCCUGCGGAGUCAGGAGCAUGGGAGACAGAGACACAAUCAUAUUAAUUAUGACUCUGAGUACAAGACUUUUCGGAAAGACUUGAAGAAACCUAUGCCUUGGAGAGUGGAUGAUGGGAAGCAUGGACAAGCCAAUUCUAGAUAUACACCACAUGAAACUAACCACCAUCGACUUCAUGAACGUAGGUCAUACUCACCAACUCUGAAAAGGAUUUCUGCAGAAGACAUACAUAGUCAUAAAUCUUGUAGAACACAUUCUUCAGAGAGAAAUGAAAAUAUCAGAAGAUGCCCAUUCCCUUCCAGAUAUUCAGAAAUGUCUCGAAAAGAACACAGUCAAUCUUUCUAUCCACCCAAAACACGUGUCAGAGAGGUGCAUGAAGAAACCCGAGCUGUUGCAAAUGCAAAAGAGAUUAAGACCUUUCACAGACCAUUAGAUACUUCUUGUAAGUUUGAAAGGAAGUGGAAUGAAAAUAACUUGAGGUACCAUCAGUCGCAGGAAGACCAGUCAACUCAAUCACCUCGAAGAUUUUCUAAUGAAUUAAUGCCAAGGAUCUCUUUCCAGAAGAGGUAUCCUGAAGAUCGUGAAUACAGAGAAUAUGGGCAUACAUCCAAAAGGGCUAAAGAAAUGGAGAGGUAUGAUGAUGGAGAAAUAGCAAGCAAUUCAAAGUGGAAGCAAGAUCUUUCUUCUAUACCCAAGCAAGAAAAACAAGAACAAAGAAAUCUUGGUUUUCAAACCUAUCGUCCUGUUGAAAAAGAAUAUAGCGACAGUUGUCCAACAAAGAUUACAUAUGACUAUAGUCAUAAACGUCAUAGACAUCCAGAUGGAGGAAAAUACAUUUCUGAUGAAAAAAGAGGAAAAUAUAUCAAGGUGGAGGACAAGAAAUAUACAUAUUCUAAAGGAGCUUGGAACAGCAAAUACUCAGAUUACUAUAGCAAUGAAAGAGUUAACCAUUCAGAAGAAUCUUGUACUGAAGUGGCAAUGAAAUAUAUUUCAGGGAAAGGCUGCAAUUCAUCUUACAAAAGUGAUGCUGGUCUGUUGCCCUUUGAUCAAAAAGAGAAGGAAAGAAUAAAGAAAGAUGUGGAUGUUAGGGGAAGAAUUGAUUCUUCCAACAGUCAUCAGCACGACACCCAUCAUAGCAUUUCAGAUGUGAAAGUUUCAGAUGUCCACACUAAGAAAGAAAAACUUACAGUCAAAGUGGAUAUGAAGAAAGCAAUAAAUAAGUACAGGGGUGCUUCUAGUCAUAUCAUGGAGAGGCAGACCUCACGUGACCUAGUAGCCGUGGGUAGAAAAACUGAAAAUUUCCAUCCUGUAUUUGAACAUAUAAAAUCUGUGAUGCAGAAGGUAGAACAAAACCCAUCCAAAGAAUUUGCUCAAGAAAUCAUCACAAUUAUCCACCAAGUUAAAGCAAAUUAUUUUAAAUCUUCUGCUCUAACGUUACAUGAACGUUUCUCAAAAAUACAAGAUAAACCAGUGGUAAAUGAAGUUAAAAGGCAUCCCGAUCCUGAAAUUCACAGGAGAAUUGAUAUGUCUUUAGCAGAACUUCAGAAUAAAGGAUCUAUUUCAUGUGAGUCUGGAAAGAGUGCUGUGAGAAUUCUAGAAGAUCCAAAUGAUCUAAGACAUGACAUAGAGAGGCGAAGAAAGGAGAGGUUACAGAAUGAAGAUGAGAAUACCUUUUACGUUGAUGGUGUAUCACAAAGGGAUGAACAUGGUUGUAGUUUUCCAAAAUUACGAAACCCUCAACCAUAUGGAUUCCAGAAAUCUUCAAGAUUCCUAAAUUCUCCUUUCAGGAAGUUUAUUAGGAAACCUCACAUGAAUCAUCAUUAUGCUGCAAAACCACGUGAUAACAUUGUACAUGAGCAAUUUGAAGGCAAUCUUGAAACAUCUCAUAGACCCUUCAAGCAGCCCCACUUUACUGAUGGUCGACCACACUUCAGAUCAAACUUGGUACAGAAGGGCUUGUAUAUACAGGCAAAAUAUCAGCGAUUACGUUAUGCUGGAGCAAGGGGCUUUACUACUAAUAAAAUAAGAAGAGGAUUUUUGAGGAAGGAACAGGACCUGGAAAUCUGAACCGAAGGUGUGAAGUGGAGAGCUCUGAUUAUAAAGAUCACUGCAAGGGAGCCUUUGUCUGCAUUUGACAGCUCCGUCAAGAAUUGAAAUGGAAAAAAUCAAAACUAAUACUUUAACUUUUCUUGAGAAAGAUUUUAUUUUUCAGUAGUAUAAUGUUGCAAAACUUUUUUACUGUUUUAAUAAUGGCUUUUCAAAAACAGCAUUCAACUGAACAUUGUAGGAUUAUUCCUUUUAGUUCCUCUUGCAGGCAAGUCUGAAAAAAAACUGAAGGGAGUCCUUAUUUAUUGAAUACCUUCUUUUCGCUAAGCAUGGUUUAAUUACUAGAACUUGAGUUGUUAUACACAGAAGUUUAUAUGUUCAAAGUUUAUUGCUUAUAAAAUAAACAAAAACAAAAAGUGCCUAUGUUCUGUGACAGCAAGUAUAUUUGGUGAUUUUCCCAACUAUUUACUCAGAAAUUCUGAAGCUCUGUCUACUUUGGUAGGACUUUUGUUUUACAUUUUGGUAGAUUAUAUUAACAUUUAGAAAACUUUCGUGUAUUUCAAAGCUGUUAAAGUGUAAAGGAAUGUGGGUUACAUGUGUUAUAUAUCCUCCUGACUACACUAAAGACAGAGGAAAUGGAGAUCUGUAUUCAAAAAUACUGCAAGUUUUUAAUUUAGCCAGCUUUGACAACUAAAGACUUAAUCAAGUUCUACUUUAUCCAUUAUACUAAUAUGUGGGGUUUUUUUUAGAAAUGUAGUUUUACAAAUUUCUCCAGUGAAACACAUUUACCUAAGUCAGAAUGAAGUUCAAAGGAAUUGUGUUCCACUUCUUACCUGAAUGGAACUCUUCUUCUCUUAAAAAAAAGUUUUUUUCCCUAAAAUUUCAGCCAUUUUGUAGACCUAAGGGUCAGUGUAUAUCAAUAUGUGACUUGUGUUAUAAUGUCUACUAUCACCUACUGUGAGGCAUUUUGACAUGUCGGGUAUUUUGAUUCAAAUUCAGUUUAGGUUACAUACUGUUGCUACACAUCCUUGUGAUUCUUUGGAAUUUGAAGAUUUCAGAGCCUGCAAUUUGUGAAGUUAGGCUGUGAAGGUGUGGUUCUGGAUGUCAGAAGCACAUGUCACCAAUGCCCUAAUCUUCUAGAACAAGAAAUGACUUGCCAAGGUAAAAAGGAGUUCUUUGUAGUCUUAUUUAUAUACUUGGAAAUGAUUUUUAAAAGCCCUCAACUAUUGUGUCUGCAUUAUAAAUCUACCUAUGUAAGUAAAGAAUGUAUUUGUUCAGGAGACAGGGAAAUUACAUGGUUUGAAACACUGUUGCUUAUUAAGGCAUUAAACAUUUCACUGAGCCAUCAGUCAUUGCA